UCGUGACCCGGUCUUGAUUUAGACUCUUUGUCAUCAUCCACAACAACUGCAGACUGGCAGUGGCCGCUCCGCGCGCACUGCGGCGCUUUGCAACCUCGGAACGACGGCGAGCUGGGUGCGCGCGGCCGCUACUCAUCUGGUCCGCUGUGGCAGCAAUGAUGGUCGCGCUCACCUUCACCUGCCGCGCGCUGCUCGUCUUCCUGCUCUCCGAGUCGGUUCAGACCGACACAACAGCGCCUUUCCUCAUCACAGAGAACAUGUGGCCCCGCGGUUGUGUCCUGGACUGCCAGAGGGGGCGCCACAGAGCCGUGUGUGGUAGCAACGGCAGGUUGUAUAAAUCGCUGUGUGCCUUCCAGCGGGCGCAGUGCAUCAACACACAGCUCCGCCUGGCUCCACAACUACACUGCUCAGAUCUGAAUCUGUCUAAAUGCCAGCUGGCCAGGGCUCAGGCCCUGGAGGCCAGCACCAACAACAGCGGUGGCCAUGUUAGCCCAGCUGCUCCCAUCUUUGUGCCAGAGUGCCAUGUGGACGGUCACUUCCUGCCAGUGCAGUGCUACAACCAGACAGGAUACUGCUGGUGUUCCACACCCGAUGGCAAACCCGUCAGUGGUACCUCAAUCCUCCAUCUGAUCCCCAACUGCACUGAUCACAUCACCAGGUUGGCUCAUACCACUGAUGCAGAUUCAUCUCUAAUCAAAGAUGUAGUUGGUGAACCUGGGCCUACACUGGACCCCAGAAAAGCUUCAGAGCUGACAGUUCCUCCUUUCUGGGUGACCAUACUGAUGAACUCUGACCCCAAAGGAAAACGCUCAGUCAGACGUCCCACAGACAGUCCUCAGAUGUGUGAGCGUGAGCGAGCGUCGCUGCUCUCUCAGAUGCGUUCAGCCAGGCAGGAAGAGCGUUUCAUCCCAGAAUGCACGCCAGAUGGCCGUUACAGCCCCGUGCAGUGUUAUGCUGCCGUGGGUUACUGUUGGUGUGUCCGGGUGGAUAGCGGCAGGCCACUACCAGGCACCUCUGCAAAGAAUCGCAUCCCAGACUGCUCUGGGGCAGAGGAGGCACCAACAGACAGGAGGUACAGGGAAAACCCUCUGCCAGGGUGUCCUGGAGCUCGUAAGAAACAGUUCCUACAGAGUCUGAUCCGGGUUCUGCAGCUGGAAGCUGAGCAUGCUGGGAGUCUGAGUUCCUACCAGGCAUCAAAAACAACUCCCUCCAGCUCUCCCUCACCAUCUUUCAAAACUCCACCCUCUGCCACUCCUUCCUUCCCCUCAUCGACUCUGGAUGUUGCUUCUCAUACUGCUCUGGAGGCCAAAGUGUCCUCCAGGCCAGAGAUGGUGCUGCGGUGGCACUUCAGUCAGCUGGACUUGGACUCCAGUGGGGUGCUAAGUGAACGCGAGGCUCGACCCCUUCGACAGUUCCUGCGACGGAGGCUAAAACCGCGACGGUGCGCCAAGAAGUUUGCUCAGUACUGUGACAGGGAUGGAGACCAAGGCCUGACGCUGGACGAGCUGGGGGUCUGCCUGGGCCUCUGAGGUGGGUCAGAGCCAGGUGUGUGUCCCCCAGAUGACUAUAGUGUAAUCUGAAGCAUUAUUUGACAAAUAUCCCUUUUUUCAACCAAAUAACCUCCAGUGUAUUUCACUUUAAGUUUUUUUUUUUUAGGCUACUUUCAGUUUUUUCCCCCACAUGUGCAUCUGCAUGUCAUGUACGAGUACAUGCAAUAAAAUAAAUGAAUAACAGGGAUAUACUGUAAUGGAUAUGGGCUAAAGAGUUAACUUGGGCUGAGGAUAAUCAUAUACUUCUGUUUAAACUAGACACAGAAGAGAUAGACACAGAGACUAUCAAUUCUCUAUGUGCUCUGUGAACAAUUUCAAUCAUAUGUACCUGUGUUUCCUACUGUGAGUAAAGUUCUGUGAAAUUUUACAAUGAUUUCUUAUUUAAUAAUGAUUUAAACAGUAUCCUUAUCUCAUCAAACAAGGUCAUAGCUACACAUUGUUAACCAAAGUUUAACACUAACUUAAGCAAUACCGACAACAUAGCAGCAUAGCAACUUUAAUAUAACCAAACUUUAAAUUUAAGCCAAGUCACAAUAUAAUAAAAGGUGUGAUUCAGAACAGGUGCACCAGCUUGCAUAACUCCGCCUCAAGCUGGUGCUCAGAGCAAACCUGCUGGCUUUAGAAAACUCAUUUAUGUUUUAAUCAGCCAAAAUGAAAAUGUUCCUGAACAUAUUGAACAUGCUGAUAAAAGAAUGAGUUGCGGCUGAGGUUGGCCAUGUGUCCUGCUUUACUUAAAGCAAAGAGAUAGACUUGACAUUAUUGAUUAAUUCAAAUUCUGAUGUAAUUCUGACUUUUCUGUUUUGACACCAUUUUCUAUUUUAAAGCAAUGUGAAAAUGCAAGAUUUUUGCAACAAAGCAAAAGCAACGAAGUUACUUAUCAAUUACCCAAAAACAAAGCAUUUGAUUUUAGCGCAGAUAAUUUGCAACCUACGUCCCUGGUUAGACUUUUAAAUUCAGGAUCUCCUCCUUUAUUAAUCACAACCUUACUGUUCUGGUUCAUCCUCACCGCUCUUAUUGUUUUAUUUUCAGAGAAAGGGCUGUAAAAAGCCACUCUACACUACCUGCUCAGCAGCAGACAGCAGACAGACACAGUUACUUCCCUCAGAAGUUGGUUGAAACCAAAAACAGAGCUAAAAGAGAGUGAGAAUUGUAUUUUCAUUCAUCAGGUGGACACAAACACGACAAAUUAAUAAUCAUGUUGCUCCAUAUCUAAAUAAGCAACUGUUUGCUAACAAGCUCACCACAUCAACUUAAAUGAUGCUGAAAUGUCACUGUUAUCCGCUGCCCCCAAGUGACUGAAAGGAUCUGUUAUUGUAGGUUUAAGUAAGAGUACCAACAAUACACAAAUACUCAAUAUUAGACCUAAAGGUCCUGACUUCAAGAAUGUACUAUUUACUGUUAGCACCAAAAUACAUCAGAGAGGCAGAAUGAACCAGACUUUACAUCUAACUUGUGAAUCAAGGGUUUAUUUCGACCAAACCAAAGUGAUUGUUGGAACAGUGGAAAGACUAACCAAGACAGUUUGGUGAGUUUUCUUUGGGGGAAAGAGGAGGGGCUGAGCUAUGCUAUCGGACUCUUGAGGUACAAGUGGUAUUACAAGACAGGACAGGCUGGCUUCAGGAGCAACAAGGUCAGAAGUGUUUCUUCUUGCCAUUCUGUUAAUGUAAGUAACUUUUUGAAAUGUUUUAAACAAAUAUUCUGACCAUAACUUACAUAUCACACCUUUAAAGUAUCAGUAUGGUAAUUUAUUUUGUUGAAAAAUUAUGUCUGAUGCAUUUAUAUAUAAGCGCGAUUUGAGUGUCGUAGUUAGCUGAGGUGGAGGAAAGUUUAACUGCUUUGUGGGAACAACUCAUAAGGAAAGUAGUCAGUAGCCUGCGUCAAUUCACAGAUAUCUAUAAACAAAUGAUUACAUAACGAUUAAUUAAUGAUUAAUAUAGUGCUGUAUCUCCAAGUCUGUCUGAAAAUACUCAGGUAACUUACUGAAGUACCUCUAAAUUGUAGAAUAAAAGACUAAAUGUACUUUCUACCGCUGGCUGUUUAAGAGCUUGCACAGUGUGACUGAGUUCAGGCCUCUGGUUCAGAGUAUUUGGUCCAAGUCAGUGACAGACAGGUGACACGCUACAUCACUGUCUCACACACAUACACACACAGCCAUCCCUCUCUGCAACACACUGUUACCCUGGCACCUCAUUGGUCCACUGGCUGAGAUAAAAGCCUCCUUUUCUCCUCUCUGGGUUUUUGCUCCUGCUGAUCCCAGGAGAGCCGAGCAUUAUGGGCCGGCUGCCAGACAAAUUACGCCCACCAAUGUCGGAGUGUUUAUGUAACUUUAUGAAAUCAAAACAAACGUGGGCAGUGGUUAAAUGGCCUGCUUGUCAGUGAGCUAUCAGUCACAGCUCGGCCAUGACACCAACUCACUAAUCAGGCAGCUGCAGACGGCCAUGACAGCUAGCAGUGUGUGUGUGUGUGUGUUUUUGUGUGUGGGUCUGUAAGUUGCAUCAACAGGCGAGUCAGACUGUUAUUAUGAGUGUGCUUGGGUCACUAUUCAACUUACAUUGGACAAAGACUCUUUUUCUGCAUGAAUAUUUAUGGAAUUUCUGUUGACAUAUACAAAACAAAAUAUGUGGUUCAUACAGAGAACGUAUAGUGCCUUACUACAGACCAGUGACCUACAUGGAAAAAAAGUUAUAAUACAGUGUACUAUGAGGUACAGAGUAGACAUGAUGGAAAUAUGAUAGAACAGGAGCAGUUUAUGAAGCAUAAUGAAGGACAUCAUGCAUUUUAAAUUCUUUUGGAUAUAUAUUUCAAUAAAGGACUCCUUAACAAACUGA